GGGCCGGGUCGACGUUUCCACGGUUGUUACUCCCAUUACCUGGGUUUCGAUGCAGUGCGACUUGUGUCGCGUAGAGAUUCUGGUGACACCGGGAAUAAUGCAUAUAUAUACGACAUUGACGGGGUGCAGGUAAGUAAAGGGAUUUGGUUCCGGCGGCACGUGCUCGAUAUGCUCUUGGUGUUACACCACUUCCAGCUUUCCUUACGACGUCAACUGGCCCGCUGCCUAGCAAGCAUGACAAUCUUAGCACCCCCGACAACGAUGGUGAAGGCUCGCGUUAUCGGCACAGUGGUGACCGACCAUUCCUCGUUGAGUUCCCCGAUUGCCUAUCUUCCACCAGAGCUGCUCAUCGAGGUCUUUGCCUUCUGUGCCGCGGCUGACGGGCUGUCGCCACUCGCCUUGGGCCGCGUAUGUCGGUUCUGGAAGGAGGUCGUUGAUUUCUCGCCUAGGAUAUGGCAGGUCAUCACCUUGGACGACAGAGUCGGCUCUAUCGUCCUUGCACAGCGACAAGCCAGCGUAUGGCUACUUCGCUCAGCUCCUCUUCCUUUCGACGUCAACCUUCAUGCGUCUUCACCAGACCACUUGUUUCCUCUUCUCUCUCCGUGCCUUCGUGAGCUCGAUCGUUGGCAUCGUUUCACACUCUCAGGUCACCGCCAGGAAUCCGUCAUUUUGACUGACCUGGAUAUCAAAUCUAUGGAACGCCUCUACAUCGUCAUUCGUUCGGACGACGGAGAUUUCGAGGAUGAAGAGCUACCCCGCGCUACCUUCCUGGAACAUUCUCCUAUGUGGCCGGGCGAAGCGGUUAUGAAUGUAUGGAUGACAGGUCUGCCCCCCUCCCGUUCCUUGCCACCUCUUCACUUCACGACCAUCACCAUCGUCGACACGUCUUUCCAAAUUCACCUCACAGCAUCAGCCAUCCUCGACUUCCUCGGUGCUUGCCCCGAGCUUCGCACUCUGGAUUUUGAGGCGUACAUUUAUUCCGAUGAGCGAGACAGCCUGCCGUCACCCAUGGUCUCACUCCCAUAUCUCUCAUUCCUGUCUCUGAAGUCAACAAGCCUCACCAGAGCCAUCCUUUCCUCUAUCAAUGCCCCCAAUCUCAGUGAACUAUAUCUGUCGUACCUUAACGUGGAUUUUGACAUCCUGAUAGAAGGUCAUGACAAUGGGGAUAGCGAAGACGAGGCUAACGAUUUCUCCCGAUCGCCAUCUAGUGAUCAUGCAACUGGGAUGGGUCUUCGAAAGCUCAUCUCACGCUGUAAUCCUCCCAUCAGAAUUUUGGAGAUGGACUACAGCGAUAUGCGGACGAAGGAUUUUUUGUACGUCUUCGACCAUCUGGUUACGCUUGAGGACUUUGUCAUUGUGGCGUCGGACAUGUCGGAUACUGUCAUCAGACAUCUUCGCCCUUUCUGGGCGAAUAAUGGAACAGAGAUGCAGGUUCGCUUGCCACUGUUACAGCGCCUCGUCCUCCUCCACUGUCACAGACUGACUGGUGAUAUCGUGGUUGAUGUCAUGAAGUCUCGCGUCCAGUAUACAGAUAGGCUUUCGUCGCCUGCUGCUACACUAUCGGAAUUGAUGGUAUCUGAAUGCGAGGGAUUCACGGACAGUCAUGCGCAACUUCUUAGAAAGGAACUUGGGAAUCGAUUUAAAGACGAAUAAAGUUUUAUUGGAUGUCUGUAUAUACUGUUUCAUGCCUGUACGCUUCUAUGCCCCUCACAUGCUAGCUCUUCCGAUACUCUUCUGAAGCUAUGGAGGAUAACAAGAUCUUCAAUUGCGUUCACUGUAAUUGCCAAAACCAUCUUUUGUUCGACUGCCUUGAGGCGAUUGGUCUGUCAUCGUGCCUUGAUCGCCGUUGGUCUGUCUUAAAGCCUUUCAGUCGACAAGGACACCACAAAAACUCACGAUUGCACCACCAUUCGUCUGACCUAUCGGCUUACCUCCGUAGUCAAGCUGCUCUCACGAGAACACAACCGGAUUUCUUACAA